AUGAAGUUCUUCAUCGCUGCCAGCCUCGUCGCCCUUGCGGCCGCUGCCCCCGCCACUCAGGCCGACUGGGAGGACGUCACGACGACGACCACUACCACUCCCGUCAAGGUCACCUCGACCACCACCCCCGCCGCUACUUGGGAGGACGUCACAACCACCACGAGCGCCCCAGUCAAGGUCACCUCGACCACCGCCCCGGGUUGGGAGGACGUUUCUUCCUCAACCACCCCCGUUGCCGCCUCCAGCUCGACUGGAUGGGUUGAGGUCCCUGUGGCUUCUUCCGCGGCUUCCUCUACCUGGGCCGAUGUGCCUGCGCCUUCUGCUACCUCUGCCGCCUCGUGGGUUGAGACCAGCAUCGCUGUCUCUUCCACCCCCGUUGCCCCGGUCUCCUACACCCCAACUAAGCCCGCUGUCGGCGAGUACACUGGUGCUGCUUCCAAGGGUGCCGCUGGUGCUGGUGCCAUCGCUCUGGCUGGUCUCGCCAUGAUGCUGUAA